UUGAAGAUUGUGUAUGGCUCAUUCUCUUGUGUUCUCCAUCCUCUCAACCACCUCACAACCUUCGUCUCUCUAUUGUUCUCCAAAGCCUCGCCUCCGCGCUCAUCGUCGGAAAAUACAAUUCCGUCGAGUGAUGGAACCCAAUGGAGGAGGAUCGAGCAAAGCUGUCGUCCCAAAGGUGACAAGCUCUACCAAUAGCUCGGUUCCACCCGGAGGUCCAAGAUUACCUACACCCAAUAUUCCUGCGUGGGCAAAAUGGGCGUUGGGUUCCAUAAUUUGCUUGGCAGUGCCUUUCUAUAAGAAAGUACUGAAGAUAGAAGACGGAGUGGGGAAAGUCGCGGAAAAAGUGGUUGACACGGUGAAGGAGGUGGCCGGAGUGGCCGAGAAGGUCGCGGCCGAUAUUUCGGAAGCGCUGCCGGAUGGUAGCCGUCUAAAGAAAGAGGUUUCGGAUAUCGAACGUUUCGUAGAAAAAGUAGAGAAGGAUGCAGAGCAAGCGGAAAAAAUCAUACACAAGGUUGACGAAAUAACAGAAAAGGUAGACGCACGUGUGGAGCCUAUUAUUGAUGAAGAAGAGAAAAUUGAGGAAGAAACGCAAGAGAAAGAGAAAGGGGAAAAAGGAGUCUGACUCAAGUUCAAACUUGUAAUAAAAACUUUUAAGGAAUACGAUGUACAUAUUUCUUAAUAUAUAGUUCCGAAAAUAAGUUACCAUCGUCCAUAUUAAUUGUAAUCAUAUAAUCGAAGUUUAGACUGUUUAGUCUGUCAAAAUGAACCUUUAUCGAAAGACAUGUUACUAUCUGUUCUCUUAUAUGGUGUAUUUGGUAGGAACGUAACGAUAGAAUCUUUUCUAACAAAAGGAAGAGAUCCCUGGAGAUUUUGAGCAAAAUUUUGACA